ACAGCAGCCGUAAAGUAAAUAGCCAAUAGUCUCAAACGUGGGUAGGUUAGGUGGAAGUGGAUAGAUGUGUUGAGUCCAUUUUCUUGUUUACUGGAAGAUAAUAUAUCGCUUUUAUUCAUUGUAUUUUCUAGUUAGUCGCAAUGGCGUUGUACAACAAAGCAGCCGAUAUUCUUGAUAAAGUUGAACAGAAACGAGGAGCUGUGAAGACUUUGGUGUACGACAGUAAGUUUCAGAACAUCAAACAGCUCUUUGCUCUGGUAUGCGAGACACAGAAGUAUUCAUCAGUAAUACAGGAGAUUAUCGACAAUACGAAGCUGCUCAAAGGAACCAAGCUCCGAAUCAAUCUCGCAAAGGUUCUUGUGUACGACCUGCUCUUUGGCCAAGGGCUCAAAUGUGGGGGAAGCUGGAAGGCGAUGAUCAUGAAGCAUCGAUCACGUCUCCAAGCCUCUCUGGCUAGGAUGAAGGUGAAACAAAAAGUCAGCUGCAAUGAGGACCUGCUACCCGCCAAUGUAAGGAAGCCAGAGGGAAUUCUACUUCCACGUUAUGUGCGAGUGAACACCCUGAAGACAAAUGUGGAGGAUGUCAUUGACUAUCUGAAAAGAGAGGGCUUCUCCUACCAGGGACACGCAAAUGGGAUUCAGGAUUUGUCUGGGCUCCGUGGCAAAGCAUUCGUCAGUGAUUCUGACCUACCAAACCUACUGGUUUUCUCUACAAAAAAAACCUUCCAUGAUCAUUAUCUGUACAAAAAUGGGCAUAUUAUUCUUCAAGACAAGGCUAGCUGUCUGCCAGCGUUUCUUCUGAAUCCCCCUGCUGGUAGCCAUGUCAUAGAUGCCUGUGCAGCACCAGGAAACAAAACCAGCCACCUUGCUGCUCUCAUGAGCAAUAAAGGGAAGUUAUUUGCCUUCGACCUCGAUGCCAAGCGCUUGUCCACCAUGAGCACCCUACUACUCAGAGCUGGACUCACUUGUCAUCAGUUGGCCAAUCAAGACUUUCUAAAAGUGGACCCACAUAAUGCAGAAUACAAAGAAGUGAAACACAUUCUGCUGGAUCCUUCAUGCAGUGGAUCAGGAAUGGUGUGUCUGCGUGAUGGGAGUUCAGAGCUGGCAGAGGAGCAGGCGCAGGCGCAGGAGGCAAGUCGUCUGCAGUCUCUGUCUGCAUUCCAGCUGCGCUGCCUGACCCACGCCCUUCAGUUCCCACAGGUGCAGCGUGUGGUUUACUCCACCUGCUCCAUACACACUGAAGAGAACGAGCAGGUGGUCGCUGCCUGCCUUCAACAAAACCCUAAUUUCAGGUUGGUUCAUCUGCUUCCAGACUGGCCCGAGCGAGGACUGUCCCCGCACACAGAAUGUUUGCGUGCCAGUCCUACCAAGACUCUCACUCAUGGCUUCUUUGUGGCCAUGUUUGAACGACAAGCCAACGGAAGUCAAGCCGUCAACCAGCAAAUUCUCCCUUCCCCAGUAGUGGUUUCCCCCGAUGAUGAUGCGCUUGAGGCAGAGGACAUUCAGGAGGACCCCUGCUCCCCAGAGGAAGAGAAGCAGAACUCUUCAGCUAAAAAGCGCAAGAGGAACAGGAACAGAAGCAGGAAGAAGCAAAGAAAGACAGAGUAACGAACUGCAGUACUGGCCUUGUAGUGAUCUAUUUCAUGGGCCUAAUUCAGUACCUGAAUACUCUCAAGCUCAUAAAUACAGCCCCUUAUGCCUUUGAAAUUUGUCGUCAUGCGUCUGUUAAGAGAAAUGUUUAAAGCACAUCAUAAGCAAAUUUUGUUUUUAUUAGUGCAUAUUAAUUGAUAUCUGUUUUAUACCAAUACCAAUCUGUAUUAUACCAAUUUGAGCAAA